CCGUCUGCCGAGAGAGGUGGGAGUUGUAUGUCUGUGGGAGUUAUUGGUUGGUACUAGGCUCCUCUCCUUGAAAGAAACGAGCCAGUUAAUUCAUUAAGGCCUUUGUGUGAGUGUGUGUGUUUACCUUUGUGUUACAUACCGAAUUUAUAAACAGUUAAACGUGUCGAGUACUCGCAGAAGGAAGCUUUUGUGUUUAUUUUAUCAAGUUUAUCAAACAGUACGUGUUAAGCACGUACAUUACACGUAGGAGGCGUGUCCUCUUCCGGAGUGUCUUUGCUUGGUUGAUAAGGUUUUUGGCCACCAGCGGUCUCCAUCAAUGGAGUUCAAGGAGCUAACCAAGAAGGACGCACAAGUUCAGCUUGCCCACGAGUUGCAGAAAUUGAUCCAGACAUGUCCGGCCCCUCUGAAGGACACUGUGCAGAAGGACUUCGAAGGGUUCGAGAAGAUCUUCGGACGCUUCAUCAACGAGUCUGGGCCUUCUGUUGAGUGGAGUGAUAUACAGAAGCUCCCUGGGGAUUCUGUGAGGAAAUAUGCCGAGCUCUCUGCACCGUCUAUGUCAUCUGUCAAAAACUUGUUAGAUAAGUUGGUGGUGGUCAAACUGAAUGGUGGUCUGGGGACAUCCAUGGGUUGCCAAGGUCCAAAGUCGAUUAUCCCUGUCAGGUCGGAUUUGACAUUUCUAGAUCUCACUGUCCAGCAGAUUGAGCACCUGAACAAGAGUUACGACUGCAACGUCCCAUUGGUGCUGAUGAACUCGUUCAAUACUGAUGAUGAUACACAGAAGGUCAUCAGAAAGUACCAAGGUUUUCAGGUGAAGACAUACACUUUCAACCAGUCAAGAUAUCCUCGCAUCAAUAAGGAAUCUCUGAUGCCAGUUGCCAAAACCUGCAGCGCAGAGACUGAUCUUGAGGCGUGGUAUCCCCCAGGUCACGGUGACUUUUACCAGUCUUUCCAGAAUUCAGGGUUGUUGCAGGAAUUUAUAAGUCAGGGAAAAGAAUAUGUAUUCAUCAGCAACAUCGAUAACCUUGGUGCCACCGUUGACCUGAAUAUCUUGAAUCUUCUUCUUGGUGAUGAAGAUGCUGGCAAAUGUGAAUUCCUCAUGGAAGUUACUGAUAAGACCAGAGCUGACGUUAAGGGUGGUACAUUGAUUCAGUAUGAAGACAAGUUAAGGCUGCUCGAGAUUGCACAAGUCCCAAAAGAUCACGUUGAUGAUUUCAAAUCUGUCAAAACUUUCAAAAUUUUCAACACAAACAACUUGUGGAUUAAACUUAAAGCAAUUGAUCAAAUUCUGAAUGAGGGCACUAUGGAUAUGGAAGUCAUUAUCAACAAUAAGACCCUGGACAAUGGGUUGAAUAUAAUUCAGCUCGAACAGGCUGUUGGUGCAGCUAUCAAGUGCUUUAGUGGUGCCCAUGGCAUUAAUGUCCCACGUUCAAGAUUCUUGCCAGUGAAGAAGACAGAUGAUCUUCUGUUGGUGAUGAGUAAUCUGUAUUCACUAAUGCAGGGUACUUUAACUAUGUCCCCUCUUCGGAUGUUUGACACCACUCCGCUUGUCAAACUGGGUCCUAACCAUUUUGGUAAAGUAAAGGAAUUCCUCAAGAGAUUUGCCUCUAUACCUGAUAUGCUGGAACUAGAUCAUUUAACUGUGUCAGGUGACGUUACAUUUGGAAAAGGUGUCAGUUUAAGAGUAAGUAUAUUCUUUGAAUAGUUAGCUCUAGUUUUGUGUUAAAUUUUCUCCUAA